AUGAAGCUUUGGUCAGCACGACCGCUUGCGGUCCUCGCAUCGCUCGCGACACUGGUCGCCCCCUCUUUAGCUCGCGAUAGGGAACUACAUUCAAACUCGCUCGCCGCCUGCCAGGAAAACUCGGGCUUCACGGCCAGUCUCUUCGAUGUCAUCUUCUUCCCCGACAAUGGAACAGUCAACAUCAAUAUGCUUGCCACCUCGUCCAUCCAGGGCUACGUUGUUUUCGACAUCCGUAUCUUGGCCUACGGCUACCAAAUCAUGCACGAGGUUCUUGACCCGUGCAAUAUUGGCGUUGGCCUGGGCGGUUUGUGCCCCAUGAACGCCGGCAAGAUGGGCAAUCCUUUCAGACUGGAGCUUGGCCCGGAGGUUAAGGAUAGAAUUCCAGGCAUUGCCUACACCUUCCCCGACUUGGAUGCCACAGUCAAGGUCUAUGUCAACAUGACGGACGGAGAAUUGGCUGGAGAAACUGUUGCCUGCAUCGAGGCCAAUGUCUCCAACGGCAUGACUGUCGAUCUUGUUGGUGUCAAAUGGGCCACCUGGGCUGUUGUCUUCUUGGGCAUCCUGUCCUCUGCCCUGCUUUCUGGUCUCGGAUACGCUAACGCUGCCUCCCAUGUGGCUUCCAACACGCUGUCGCUCUAUGGCUACUUCCAGGCCCAGGCCAUGAUUGGUCUCUGUGGUGUCCAUCUUCCUCCUGCUGUGCGAGCUUGGACCCAGGAUUUCGUAUGGAGUAUGGGUAUUAUCAGAGUCCAGUUCAUCCAGGAUAUCCUCACAUGGUAUCAGCGGGCUACUGGUGGUACCGCGUCCACCGUGCUCAACUCGCUCGAGACCGUGUCCGUCCAGGUCGAGAAGGUAAAGCGUGCGCUACCGGCCGAAUACGUCGAUCCCGCUAUCAACCUUUUCAAGCGGGCGACCGCCAUGUUGCCUCGUGCCGCAGCUCAUGUCGGCAGCAGAAUUGCCAAGCGAGCCAACGUCCAGACUUCUUUCGGCAGUUACAUUGUCUACGGUAUUCAGCGAGUUGCGUUCCGCGGUAAGAUCGAAUCAACCAACUUGUUCAUGACCAGUUUGACUUUCUUCUACAUUUUUGUGGUAUUCACUGCCAUCCUGGUCAUUUUGUUUAAGCUUGGACUAGAGCUCUUUGCCAAGUUGGGUUGGGUCAAAGGCGACGCCUUCUCCGAGUUCCGCGCGGGUUGGAUUACUGUUCUCAAGGGUAUCCUUUACAGAGUUGGACUUGUGGGGUUCCCUCAGGUUACGGUUAUGUGCAUGUGGGAGUUUACCCAAAAUGACUCUCCUGCGGAAAUGGCCCUCGCCGUCUUCUUCUUCUUUGGUCUUUUGGCUACCCUUCUUUGGGCGGCCUGGAGAGUCAUUCGGAUUGCCCGCCGCUCCAUCUCCCUUCACAGGAAUCCCGCCUACAUCCUGUUCUCGGACCCUCAGGCCUUGAACAAGUGGGGUUUCCUGUAUGUGCCGUUUCGCGCUUCAGGUUACUACUUCAUUGUGCCUAUCCUCUUCUACAUUAUCAUCAAGGGCAUGUUCAUCGCCUUUGCUCAGGCCAAUGGCACCCUUCAGGCUAUCGCGCUUCUGAUCAUUGAAGCUGCGGCGCUCAUUACUGCUUCCGUCAUGCGCCCUUGGAUGGACAAGAGCACCAACACGUUCAAUAUCGCCAUUUGCGCCAUGAACUUCCUCAACGCCAUCCUCCUCUUCCUCUUGACGGACGUUUUCGACUUCCCGCCCUUGGUCAUCGGUGUGGUGGGCGUGGUUCUCUGGAUCGCCAACGCCAUCGUUUGUUUGAUCCUCCUUCUCAUGCUUAUCAUCACCACCUCGAUGACGCUGCUCCACAACAACCCGGAUACCCGCUACCAGUCCAUGAACGACGACCGCACCUCCUUCAUGAAGUCGAACCCGCAGCUGCACACUCAGUCGGAACUCGAAGCUUUGGGUGUCACGGCGCGUGGCGAGAGCAAGCUUUACACCAAGUCUCCCCUGAGCUUUGAGGAUGACGAUUCGGCCCUCUCAAGCCCAAGCAACCCGAUGAACCGUCCAGAAACGGCCGAUUCCAACGCUGGCAACCCUCAUUUCCACUCCAACAGGCAUUCUGGGCGUUGGAGCAACGACCCGUCCCUCAUGAGGGAUGAGCCGUUUGUGCGACAUAGGCCGAGCGGAAGCAUUCAGACGCCGAGUCCAAUGACGGAUUCGGCCUCGAGUCUGCCAGGAGGGCAAGCAUCGACUCACUCGAUGGUUUCAGAAAAGAAACCGCACAACACAGCGAGUCCUUGGCAACGCGGUGCCGGAUAUGAACCAACCAACAACUAGAAGGAUAAACACUUGCGACGGAAGGAAACACCCCCAAAACCUUGUGCACGAGGCCCCGGAAUCUAUACCCAAUUAUCUUGGCUACCUUAACCAUAUUCCCCCACCAACUCUUUUUUCUUGUACAUUCUUUUAUAAUG